AGCUGGAUAGAACACUUCCUGCUCACUGGCUGUUUGAGACACAUUGGGUUUGAAGCAAACGGUAAACAUUUACAUUCAGUUUUGGUUUAUUUGAUACAGUGGUAAUGUCAGUUUUAUUGACCUAAAUGUUAUGGAUCAUAGUAGCAUCCUCUGAAUGUGUGUGAUUGAGAAAGAAACAAGCUUGAUCAUUUGUGAAUAAGGGUUCAUCACUGACUUGGGAAAUGAAACAGGAGUAUCAGGAUCUCAUCCUGCAGGCGUGUGGUGCCUCAUCUCUUUGUGUUGGUGCAAAGAUCCAGACCCUGUGGAGCGGUUAUGGGGAGAUAGUCCGGCUACACCUGGAGGGCUGCGACCGGCCCUCUGUGGUUGUCAAACACAUCAAGUUUCCAGAGGAGGCCGAGCACCCAGGUGGCUGGAACACAGAUCGCUCCCACAGGCGUAAAGUGAGGUCUUAUCAGGUGGAGACACACUGGUACCAGAACUUUUCCACCAGUCGGAACUGUCGCAUCCCAGCCUGCCUGGCUGCCUGUUCCCAUGGAGACGAGAUGCUGAUUGUGCUGGAGGAUCUGGAUGUGGCUGGUUAUAAUCAGAGAAGGACCAGUGUGAAGGACAGAGAGAUAAAGGCUUGCCUCAGGUGGCUCGCCCAUUUCCAUGCUCUUUUCCUUGGUGUGGCACCAGAGGGUCUGUGGCCUAUCGGUACCUACUGGCACCUGGAGACCCGGCCAGAUGAGCUGGAGGCCAUGGACGACGCUGAACUAAAAGCAGCAGCCGGUGACAUCAACAGGAUACUCAACGAAUGUCACUUCAAGACUAUUGUGCACGGAGACGCCAAGUUAGCCAACUUCUGUUUUUCCCCGGGUGGACAGGACGUAGCUGCUGUAGACUUUCAGUAUGUCGGCGGGGGCUGUGGCAUGAAGGAUGUGGUGUAUUUUUUGGGAAGCUGCAUGGAGGAAAAGGAGUGUGAAAAGAGAGCACAAGGCUUACUGGACUACUAUUUCACAGAAUUACAGCUAGCUGUGAAAAAAGAUGUGGACUUUGCUGCCCUAGAGAAAGAGUGGAGGGAGAUGUUUGCGUUUGCCUGGACAGACUUUCAUCGUUUUCUAUUGGGAUGGAUGCCUGGACAUUGGAAGAUCAACCGGUACAGUAAACAGUUGACCAAAGAGGUGCUGCGCAAACUCAAACUGUAACCCAAAAAUUACAAACAUCAGACAAACAGAGAAAUAAAUAUGUGGCUUAGAGGUGAUCAGUUUGAAGCUGGAAAUCUGCAUAUGGAAAAAUAAACCCACAAACACACAGUGAAGCAUGUAUGUCAAACCAUUUCCACAUAAAUAAAAGUUUCUGAAAGAUGCUUGAA